CACAAUAUAAAUGGUUAACGAUGAUUCCUCAAAAUGCAAGUAACUAAUUCAGCCAACCCCAAUUAAUAGAUAAUAAGGAAUCUAUUAUCAGAAUAGUGUGUAGGGGAGGGAUAAUCUUUUCAGCUGAUACUCUGAAGGAUUCUGAUAAACCAGACCUUUGUUUGGUUAAAUGUGGAAGCAUCCUUAUAUUAUACAUUUAAAGAUAAGAAAAAAGUGGACUUUUAUGCAGCAUAUAUAUACAUGUGUGUAUUCCAUUGACGAGGUGCAGGAGGAGGAGGAGAUGAAAGUUUUGGAAAUGGAAGCAAAUGGCAUAUUUGAAAGCGCCAUGAAAGGCAGGUGGGAUGAAGUUGUCGAGGCCUACGAGAAGAACUCCAGUUUUCAAAAGGCCAGGAUAACAAGAUCAGAAGAUACUGCAUUGCACGUAGCAGUAUCUAAUGGCCAAACUGCUGUAGUGUUGAAGCUUGUGGAAAUUGCUAGAGAAAAUGCAUCAACCAUCCUACAUAUAAAAAAUGAUAAAGGAAACACACCUCUCCAUCUAGCAGCAGCACUUGGUAAUGUGAAAAUGUGUCAUUUCCUAGCUACAAAAGAUAGAAGCCUCAUUAGAGCUAGAAAUUUUGAGAGUGAGACCCCCCUUUUCCUCUCAGCUCUCCACGGCAACAAAAAGGCUUUUCUUUGCCUUCAUUCUCUUUACAAAGAAGCAUAUAGAGAAAUUGACUAUUCCUUGUGCAGAAGAAGUAAUGGGGACACCAUACUUCACUCUGCUAUCUCUGGAGAAUAUUUCAGUUUGGCAUUUCAGAUAAUACAUGAUUAUCCAAAUCUUGUCAAUUCUAUUAAUAAGGAUGGUCUAUCUCCUCUGCAUAUCUUAGCCAGUAAGCCUAAAGCUUUCAAAAGUGGAACACAUCUUCCACCACUGGCACGUCUCAUUUACCGCUGUCUAAUUGUUCAUGAGCUUCAGGAAGAAACACAUGACCCUGAAGAAUGUCAAGACAAUUUAGGAGUCAAAACAGGUCUCAAGUAUCCGCAAAAUUAUGAAACUUGCAUGAUCUAUUUCCACACGAUCAGGAGUUGCUUUCAAGUAUUAACUAGAAAGCGGGAAAAUUGCAUAGGUCAUCAAGUGAGGCAAUUUCUUUUUCCACCAAAGACUGAAAAUGAUAACUUAAAGGACGAAGAAAAUGCACAAGAAACAAGCAGAUUGUCUCACGAUAGGAACAUACCAAGGAAAGAGUACAAAGAAAAACGUUUGUAUCCUCCCAAUUAUGCAACAAUUUCCCAUUUCUUCAAGUUUAUGGUUAAUGCCUUACUAAUCAUUCUUGGAUUUGGCAUUUCAAAGAUAAAGAACAUCAGAGAAAAGAAAGAGCGACACAUAUGGGCUGCUCAAAUAAUGAAAGAACUGGUUGGAGGAGCUUCUUUGUACAAGUAUGAAGAUAAUGGCCGCGAUACCAAAAAUUCAUGGCCUAAAAGAGAUGGAGAUCCAUCUGAAGUUUUUACAGAGGCUGACAAGAAAUCUCAGAACACAGAUGCAAAGGAUAUUGGGUUAAGUUCCUUGACUGCAAACCAAGAAAAGGACCAAAAUGGAAGAGAUGAGCACAGAAGAGAGAAAAAUCACAAACACACACUAAUCACCGCGAACCUUGGAGUGACUGAAAUGGAGAACAAGUUUCCUGAAGGGUAUCCAUCUGCAAUCCAAGAGUUGAACACACCUCAGAAAAAUCCUGUGCUCGUGACAUUUGAGGACACUCAAAAAUCUUGGAAGAAGGAAACGCCUAUACUGAUAGCAGCUAAGAUGGGAGUGACUGAAAUUGUGGAUAAAAUCUUGGACACGUUUCCUAUAGCUAUUCAAGACCUGGACUCUGACAAAAAGAAUGCUGUGCUUCUGGCAGUUGAGCACAGACAAACGGAUGUCUACAAUCUAUUGCUGAAGAGGGCAAUGCUUAAGGAAACCGUGUUCCGUCAAUUGGACAAUAAAGGAAACAGUGCAUUACAUCUUGCUGCAAAAUUUGGAGAUCAUAGGCCUUGGCUUAUUCCAGGGGCUGCCUUGCAGAUGCAGUGGGAAAUCAAGUGGUACAAGUUUGUCAAGAAAUCCAUGACACCACAUUUCUUUGUUAAACGCAACCGCAAGGGCCAGACUGCAAAAGAGAUCUUCACAGUGACACACAAAGACCUUGUAACGAAGGGCAAUGAAUGGCUCACAAAAACCUCGGAGUCAUGCUCAGUUGUUGCAGCACUCAUUGCAACAGUUGCAUUUGCAACUUCAGCAACUGUACCAGGUGGCGUCAAUCAAGACAAUGGUGCACCAACUCUUAAAAAUGAACCUGCAUUCAAUGUCUUUGCCAUUGCAUCCAUUAUAGCCCUCUGCUUUUCUGUGACUGCACUGAUCUUUUUUCUUACAAUUCUCACCUCCCGCUACCAAGAAAAUGAUUUUGCAAUGGACUUGCCAAGGAAGCUUUUUAUGGGUUUAACAUCACUCUUCACAUCCAUAGCUUCUAUGUUGCUCUCAUUCUGUGCAGGCCAUUUCUUUAUCCUCAAAGAAAACUUGAGAUAUGUAGCUUUUCCAUUAUAUGCUGCCACAUGCUUGCCAAUGACCUUUUUCGCUCUUGCACAACUUCCUCUGUACUUUGAUCUUGUAAGGGCUAUCCUCAAUGAGGUACCUCAACGCAGCUACAGGCACAAGGUUUCUUUGACCCACUCUAUACAUACUUGAGGUUUCUUUAGAUUUCAAGAUCAAUUUUCUAUUUUAUUUCUUUUAUGGAAAUGUUAAAGCGUGAUUUCUGCACGUUGUUUGAAGUAACUUCUGAUCUUGUGUUGUAAUAUUGAAAUCAACAAUGUAAUCUAGUUUCUAUUCUGUAUUUAUGAUAGGGCUUGCUUCCUUUU